ACGGCAAAGGAUCUCACCCCGAUGAUGGCCGGCAACGACGGCUUCUUCUACUUCUUGCCCAAGUUUGUUCAACACGCCGGCGAGGAGUGCCGCGACUCGCUCACACGCUUCUUUCUUUCCGACGGCGACGUGCUCGACCUCUGCCCGUCGUGGACGUCGCACUACCCAUCGGGUUGGAGGCCCUCGCCGCCUCGCCGCUGCGUCGCUCUCGGCCUCAACCCACUCGAGCUUCUCGCCAACCCGAGCAAGACGGAGUGGCGCGUUCAGGACCUCAACAAGGACCCGCAGCUACCGUACGCUGACGCCGCCUUCGACCUGGUCACAAACUCGCUGUCG